GGAAGCCUGGAAGUACACACAGAGUAACACAGAGGAGUAUUGACCUACUAACACAGAUCUGUGGAGCAUCGGCAGCAGCAGCAGCGGGCUGGAGCUGGGACACCCUGCAUAGGAGGCGCUGCUUCCCGGAUAGUGCCAUGUCCACCAGGAUGCUGCUGACCAACCAAGGUGGCAUGGCAUAUUGUGGGUAGACUGCAAAGAUGGUCACAGACUCCAAGCUUGAACUCCUGGGAAUAAAUAUUUAUAGCAGAUGGAAUUUCCUAUAAUUACGAUAUUAAUGUUCACACGGUUUAAGGAACGCUGUCAGAAAGUCUCCAGCAACCGUAGACUGUUCCCAAUGCCACUUGGCGCUGAUGCAGCUAAGGAAAAUGCCUACCUUUAAAAAAGAGGAAUGUGCUGAUACAAGGAAUAGUAUGGAGAACAUCCUUGUGCUUAAUCCUAGUGUGCCCGACAUGUCUGAAUCAAUGGACUCCAGUAAUGACAUGUUGUAUAAUGAAGGGUCGGUUUCAAAAAACAAGUCCUCCUCCUGUCGCAGGAAAAGGGAAUUUAUACCUGAUGAAAAGAAAGAUGCCAUGUACUGGGAAAAAAGAAGGAAAAACAAUGAGGCCGCAAAGCGAUCGCGUGAAAAACGCAGACUAAAUGAUAUGGUUCUAGAAAAUAAACUGAUUGCAUUAGGGGAGGAAAAUUCUAAUCUGAAAACGGAACUGCUCUCCCUAAAACUUAAAUUUGGAUUGAUAAGUUCUGCUUCCUAUGCUCAAGAGAUACAAAAAGUUACCAGUGCCACAGCUGUGUAUUUUCAGGAAUAUGCGGCUGCUAAAUCAAAUGCUGCGAGAUCUUUCUCAGGAGAACAUGAACAUCCUUUAAUGGGCAGUAGCUGUAUCUCUGUAAUCAAGCACUCCCCUCAGAGCUCUAUCUCUGACGUAUCUGAGGUAUCAUCUGGAGAACUUGUCCAUCCAACCCCUACCCAAAACACCUGCAUGAACUUUCAAAGGGUAAAGCAGGAACCCCUGGAAAUCGAGAACUUUGCUCGGGAACCUAGAGAAGAAAAUCCCUCCUAUGCCUCAUCUAUCUAUCGGAACUAUAUUGGAAGUACAUUUCCUGGGUACUCACAUUCUCCCCCACUUUUGCAAAUUAACAGUUCCUCCAGCAACUCACCGAGAACAUCGGAGGCUGAUGAGGGAGUGGUGGGGAAGACUUCUGAUGGGGAGGAUGAACAACAGGUUCCUAAGGGUCCUAUCCAUUCCCCUGUUGAACUGAAAACUGGUCAUACAACAGUUAUUAAAGUCCCAGAGGUGAACUCCUCUGCACUGCCUCAUAAACUGCGAAUUAAGUCAAAAGCAAUGCAGGUAAAAAUGGAAACACUGGAGAACGAUUUUGAUGCCACACAAAAACUCCCACUGCCAAUUGACAUGUCCUCAAAAAGGCACUUUCCUCUGGAAAAACAUAGUGAACCUCUGGUACAUUCUUCAUUGUCCCCCUUGUCAGUUCAAGUGACUAAUAUCCCAGACUGGCCUAUAAAAUCAGGACAAUGGCAUCAUAAGGAACUUGAUCAAAUCCCAAACCUUUGCAAAUCAUCUGUAAUUGCCGGAAUGUCAGACAAUGUCUACAAAGCUUCUGAGCCAGAGAACUUGUAUUUAAAACGAGGUAUCGCAAAUUUAUCUGCUGAUGUGGCCACACUUAAGAGACUUAUAGUAGCUCAAGAAAUCUGCACUUCAGAUUCCAGCUAAAUUACUACUGAAAUGAUUUCAGAUUCUUAAUGUAAAGGGUGUCGUUUGCAGUAAAUGAGUAUGUUUUGUAAGAUGCUGAUUUUCACUGGAAUCGUGACGUCAUUUCACUGUUUUGUUCCUGUAAUGAUGUCUACUAAAUAUUGUCUUUUCCUGUGCACAAUAUUCUGAAGACUAGAUUGUGUUACUAUGAUCACUAUGCCUUGUGUACAGUUACGUAGCUAUUGCAAGGUUGUAAAUAUCGGAAACAUUAUUUUUGCUGGUCUGUUCUAAACUGUGCAAGUUACCAGUUAUAAUAAAGUAUUGGUGACAACGAA